UGUAACAUCUGUCUUGAUGGCUGACUGCUGAAUGCUAACUGCGAAAUUUCCAUGUCUGAGAAGUGCGAGAGCAUUUUAGUUAGUGAAUUACAAAAUUUGGAAGCGGAUGGAACAUACUUCAACUGUCUAUGGAGAUGCUUUAAAUAUGUCUGCUUAAAGAGCAGUUUAUUUCGAAUUACAUUCAUCAAAGUCAUUAGCUGAUUGCUUGAUGCGAGCGUGAAAAGAGUGUUGUUGCAAUUUGGCGCUACUUUCAAUUUUUUCGUCUAUGUAUGAACAAUAACUGGUAAAGAAAACCUGCGAUAGGAAUGUCUCGUUAUAACGCUCAUGAAUCCACUGCUAUGAUACGGGCAAAUGCUGAAGGACACAUUUUCGAUAAAAUGCAGUGUUCGCCUUAUUCACUGGAUAUCAAUUUAAUAGAAAAGGUGUGGGGAUGGUUGGAUUGCAAAGUUUUCAAGCUGGUCGGCAUUAUUCCACUAAAUAGGAAUUAUUUGAAGAUCACUAUGAAAAUAAUAUACAAAUGUUUAAAUUAAUUACUGCACACAAGGGUUUUGAAAUAUGUUCCUGCUUAAAAUGUUUAAAUACACUAAAAAGGCGAUAUAUGCUAACCUGAAUACCUAAUUUAAAUUAUUAAUUUUUCUCUUGAUUUUGGAAAAAUUUUAUAAAAAAAAAUAGAAAAAGGUAUAACACUAAUUGCUGUCUUAGUAGCAAAUUGAUGAGUUAAUAAUAAGUGCUAAUAAUUUUGGAGUUUUAGCUUCGUUGGUUUUAAUAUAAAUUAACAAAACUGUUUAAAACCGAGUUGUGCUAACCUGAUGAAGCGCAGUAUGUACCAAAAGUAAACAAUAAGAACGAGUGAAAACGCCAGCAAACAUGACAAGUUUAUCAAUCGAUAGGUGAGGUGGAGACAUGAAUAAAAGCAACAAACUGUAGCGAUUUCAUCUUGAUUACAGUCUUGCUGAGCAGAACACGCUUCGGGUAUAUACUAAAUGCAUACACAUACAUACAUACAUAUGUACAUAUGUGUAUAUGAGCUAUUGUGCAUGCAAAUAGAAUACAAGUCUGUCUUGAUUAUCACAACACGAUGCUGGGUCAGCAUACACAUACGUACAAACAUGCAGAUGUUAGUAAAUAUAGACUUGUGUUCUCGUCGGAUGCGUUAUACUACAAGUAGUAGCUCAUCGAUCGGCCGGUUUUAUAUCAAAGUUUUAUAUGUCUGACAUUUAUAAUCUCAGCGUUAGCGAUCAAAUACGCUCAGUUGCUGGCGAAACGUUGGAGUAGAAUUUAAACGAAUUUCGUGAAACUUAUAUGUGGGAAAUAAAUUAAAAUUAUAUUUUCAGCCAAUUACUCUUGGUUUUUAAUAAAAUAUUGAUAUUUAUGAUAUGAAAGUUAAUAAAUGAAGUUGAAUGUGUAUGCAGAUAGUUUUUCAACUAAUUUGCGCCGUAUAAUUAAAUUAUUGUAAGCCGAAAAUAAUUGUAUAAACAAAAAAAUUCACACAUACACACACACAAAAAUACCGAUUUAAAAAGUGAAAACAAUAACAAACACAAACGUGAGCAACAAACAAAAAAACAGACAAAAACAAUCAAACGCAAAUAAAAGUCGCUCAAUAUGCGGUUAUUCAAUGUGGGAAAAUCCGCACAAUUUAAUAUGCCGCAAUGGCUAUUUUGCCUUGUUUUCAUCGCUGCGUUAUUUGCGACGGUCACAGCGCAGGCACGCUGUCGCAAUCCGAAUGCCAAAGUGGGUUAUUGUGUCUCCAUUUACGAAUGCCCCAGUCUGCUUGAAGUAGUACAACGCUAUAACUUAGGUAUAGCGGAUCGUGAGUUUUUGCAGAAAUCUCAGUGCGUUAACGGUUAUGGACGUUCACCGUAUGUCUGUUGUACGCCUGAUAAAGGUUACGUUUCGUCGAAUGAUGACCAAAAUCCGACUUUAAUAACAACAACGACAACACGUCGCCCAUCGACCGUCAAUCCGCCAACGCCAAGCAAUGGCAGAGGCAAUGUGUUACCGGUGCCGCCCGAAUGUGGACCAACUUCAUUAAGUGAUAAAAUAUACAAUGGUAAAGACACGGCACUGGAUCAAUAUCCAUGGAUGGUCUUGCUUGAAUAUAUGCAGAAGAAUGGCAAGCCUAUACUCAAUUGUGGCGGCAGUUUGAUAAAUCAACGCUAUGUGCUGACAGCAGGACACUGUGUUGUGGGAGCUAUCGAAACGGAAAUUGGUCCACUCUCGACGAUUCAUCUGGGCGAGUAUGAUAUCAGUAAGGAAAUCGAUUGCAUACAAGAUGAUUGCAACAACAAAGUUGUAAAAAUGGGCUAUGAACAGGUGAUGCCACAUCCACAGUACGAUCCCAACAACAAUAACCGUCAUCAUGACAUCGCGCUGAUACGAAUGUCUGCGGACGUGACAUACUCGGAUUUCAUUAGGCCAGUUUGCCUGCCGUUGGCCAGCACACGUCAAGCCAUUAACGUGGGUGAGCUGCUCACAGUAGCGGGCUGGGGGCGUACAUUAUUGGCGCGUCAGAGUAAUGUCAAGCAAGAAUUGGCCGUGCCAGUGGUGGAUCAUGAUUCAUGUGCGCGUAAAUUUUCCUCACGAAAUGUCAAUUUGAUUACAUCGCAACUAUGCGCGGGCGGUGAGUUCUCCAAGGAUAGUUGUGAUGGUGAUUCUGGUGGUCCAUUGAUGCGCCAAAAUGCUCAAAAUCGCUGGUACCUUGAGGGUGUGGUAUCUUUUGGCAAUCGUUGCGGUCUGGAAGGUUGGCCAGCGGUAUAUACGCAUGUUGCCGAUUAUACAGAUUGGAUUGCGCAAAGUUUGCGUCCGUAGAUGUUGCUUAAUGUGCAAUAAAGUUGCGACAAGUAGACGGCGAAAUUACUUUUCUCGCGCACGGACUGUAGCUUACAGCAAGGAUAUUUACGCUAAGUGCCGAUUGUUUUAUAUUUACAGUUUAUUGGUUUGUUAGUUGUUAAUCAUGCAAUUUUAAGUAAAGUGUAUGCAAGUCUAAUGGAAAUUAAUAAAAAUAUAAUAUAAUAAAUGAAUAAAACUUUAAUCAACUACUUGUGAAA